UGGGUGGUGGAGUGUUUUAGCAAAAGUGUCGUUUUACGUCUACAAGGAGGAGGGAGACGCACCUCAUCACUCCUCAGAGCAUCACCAAAAAGUAGAGAGAGAAACUCUCAUUAUUCUGCAGUAUCGCCUCUCUCUCUCUCUGCGAAAGAAAUAAUGGCGAAUAAUGAAGGAGAGGGGAGUAAGCAGGAAGGUAACCAACAUUAUUCAGGGUUUCCUCGUGUUGUCCUCAAUGAGAGAAUCCUUUCCUCCAUGACCCAUCGAUCCAUGGCUGCUCACCCGUGGCAUGAUCUAGAGAUUGGACCUGGUGCUCCUUCAGUUUUCAACUGUGUUGUGGAGAUAAGCAAAGGGAGCAAAGUCAAGUACGAGUUGGACAAGACAACUGGGUUGAUUAAGGUUGAUCGUGUUCUUUACUCAUCAGUUGUUUACCCACAUAACUAUGGUUUCAUCCCACGUACCCUUUGUGAAGACAGUGAUCCUAUGGACGUGCUUGUUCUGAUGCAGGAGCCUAUACUUCCAGGUUCUUUCCUUCGGGCUCGGGCUAUUGGACUCAUGCCUAUGAUUGAUCAGGGUGAGAAAGAUGACAAGAUUAUAGCGGUGUGUGCCGAUGAUCCUGAAUUCCGUCACUACAGGGAUCUUAAAGAACUUCCUCCUCAUCGCCUCGCUGAGAUCCGGCGUUUUUUUGAAGACUACAAGAAGAACGAGAACAAGAGUGUUGCAGUGAAUGAAUUUCUGCCAGCUGAAGAUGCAAUUGCUGCCAUCAAAUAUUCAAUGGAUCUCUAUGCUUCAUACAUUGUCGAGGGCUUGAGGAAGUAAGGCGCACAAGUGGGUUAUGAAGGUCGAUUAGUGCUUAAUGAAACAGAACUUGGUUACUGAUAAGUGAUAAUGGUCUGCAUUCUAACAGUCAGCUUUUGUGUAAAUGCUCGAGUCUUUGAAUCUGAUAAUGAUGAUAAACAUGGUUUAUUUGUCGAAGUAUGUACUGUAACCUGAUCUGAAUUUCAUGGUUCUAGUUUUGAAAUGGAAACUGUGGCAUCUGUUGGAUGGCUCAUAUUUGGACAA